AAAGGGCCGGGGAAGAAGGCCUUUUCGCAACAGCUCUUCGCCCAUCGCCUCUGUGCAGCCACAAGGCGGGAAUCUCAAAAUGGAAGCCCCCUCCCUUCGUUUCCGGGUGCGAGAGGGGGGGAAAGGCCCAGAGCCCGAAGCCCAGGGAUUGGUGACCUGUUUGUCACCUCUCGGGCAAAGCUCAUUACAAAUGGAAGUGACACACGGUUAUUAUGUAAACUGGAGGCUGCAAGCGCCACGGCUGAGUCGAUCCCAGGCGCCCGUUUGCAUGUCAGAAAAGCAGUCCAGGAGGCCGGUUCAGCUCAACGGGUUUCCGACUAAAGCCUGGCAAAUGUGGAAGGACCAUGAAGUCUCCCGGGAGAACUUUCAGCAGGAAGAGCUAGUGGACCAAAAGACCUCCUGCCGCUGUUGAAACCCACUUUUACCUUGGAUAUACCAGGGUAUUCUAGUGCCUGAUUGUUUGCUAUAAGGAAACUUGAAGACUGUAAGACAUGUCCAUUGCACUCAAACAAGUUUUUAACAAGGACAAGACGUUCCGCCCCAAACGGAAAUUUGAACCCGGGACCCAGAGAUUUGAGCUCCACAAACGAGCGCAGGCCUCGCUGAACUCUGGGGUGGACCUGAAAGCAGCUGUGCAGCUGCCUGGUGGAGAAGAUCUAAAUGACUGGGUAGCAGUUCACGUGGUGGACUUUUUCAACAGGAUCAACUUGAUCUAUGGAACUAUCUGUGAGUUCUGCACGGAGAGGACCUGCCCUGUGAUGUCGGGGGGCCCAAAAUACGAAUAUCGGUGGCAGGACGAUCUGAAGUACAAGAAACCUACAGCGUUGCCAGCACCCCAGUAUAUGAAUCUUUUGAUGGACUGGAUUGAGGUGCAAAUCAACAACGAGGACAUAUUCCCUACUAGUGUAGGCGUGCCGUUCCCAAAGAACUUCCUUCAGAUCUGCAAGAAGAUCUUGUGCCGGCUCUUCCGGGUCUUUGUCCACGUCUACAUCCACCACUUUGACCGCAUUAUCAUCAUGGGGGCUGAGGCCCACGUCAACACCUGUUACAAGCACUUUUAUUAUUUCGUGACGGAGCUCGCCCUCAUAGACCGCAAGGAACUGGAGCCUUUGAAAGAGAUGACAGCCCGGAUGUGUCAUUGAAGAACCACUGUUGAAUGAACGAAAAACACAAUUUCCUGCUAACUAAAGAAGACCUAGAGGACACGCCAGCCCUCAGAGGGAAAACUUGCCUCCUUUCAUCCUUAAAAAGCAGGAACAGUCAGGGACAGGAGUUUAUUGCUUCCACAGACACCUUCCCACAGUUGCGUAUGCUCUUAACCCUAAAAAUGCUGCUCAGUACCUCCUUGGAAUGAUGUGGAUGACUUGGAAA